AUGAGGCCACCGCCGCGGUUGGGGCUGAAGGCCGGCAGCCCUGGCGUCGCAGGCGUGGACGAGGACUGCAACAGCAACCCCAGCCUCGCUGGCAGCCAGAACUCCACACACGAUGACCUCGACGGGCACUGCGAUAACUCCGGCUACCUCUGGUUUCUCGAUUAUAAUCCGAUAUUUCGAGACGGCUCCUGCCACCACACCUCAGUACUGUCCUCGGUGUCAGCCUCAUACAAGGGAAUUGGCGAUCUUACGUCCCGGUUCGAAUUCACCUCACGAUACAACGACCUAGCGAGAGACCUAGAUGCGAACCUAGCUGAAGCGGACAUAGAGAGUUUUAAAACUGAAGAUAUCCACGCCCUCCUCAUGACCGCUAACUUGCCGCAUGACACCAUCCUUGAUGAUAGAGCGAAUGAUGGCGAAGAAUCUGUCGGCUCAAUCAAUACUAUGUCAAUAUGCAAGUCGGAAUUACUGUUUUCACCAGUAAAGGAGGCGGCGCACGGCGUCCAUUUCAGUGUUGAUAGUCUAGACUGUGAACUACCUACAGAACAAGAUCUAAUUCUUACAUGUCAAGCCAACAAGAACAACUACACAAUCGCUUUUGAGGGAAGUCUCACCAUUUACUCAGAGGACAGUGAGUGUGCUGAACCCGCCGUCAAUCAAAAACAUGACAAACUGGAUAAAGAUAUGAAAAUAAUAUUAGAUAGUGAUGAAAGAACGCGCAGGAAUUUAGAAUUACUAGAAAGAUGUAAGAAAUUAACAAAUAAACUAACCUCGUCUAUGGCUAGAAGCGAUUUAGGUUUAACUACGUGGAGUAAGCUUAAGAAACAAAACAGCCAAUUACCUUUGCAAAGACAUCCAUCUGGUAAUAACAAUGAGAACUCGAAUGAAAACUCAAAUGUCACAAAUGAAAUGAACAACUCCGUUAUAAAAAGUCAAAGUUUACCUAACUUAUAUAGAAGGAAACUUAUGAGCAGCUCCAUAAAUUCGGCUGCCUUAAGCAAUUCAACAGUCGACUCCUUCACUGCAAACCAAAGGUUACACAGUACUCCAAUAUGUAUGAAAGUUUAUGAUGUCUCUCAGAAUCGCUCUCAAGGAAGUCAGCACUCAGAACCCAUGAGCACAUCGUCUACUGAUCACACUUCUACAGAUAAAAGCCAAACAAAGCAGCAAUCUUUUAAUUUAGUAAAACUAUUUAUGAAACAGAAGAGCGAUAGCAAUGAGGGUAUUGUCACAAUGGAUCAACUAGAUCGAUCAGAAUGCUGGCCAAGCUCGGGAGGGGAAAGCGGGGAGUCUUUAGGAGAGCACAAAACUGAAGAUUGUAAAUUGAUAUCCGAGAGACCUCAAGCUGAGCUACCGAGUGAAGCUACAGAAGAUACAUCCUCCUUAUUUUAUGAGGAGAUACGUACUAAUCCAUUUAAUCGAGUGUACGAUGAAGUUUUGAUUGAGGAGGAAGAAUCAGAUGGCGCUAAGCUCAGUGAUAGUGAACAUAAUCUUUAUGCUGUAGUAAAUAAGCCGCGCAUAAGGAGAACUAAUACAAAUUUAGUAAACAGUCCAUCUAGAGUGCGAAGUAAUAGAAAGUCUUGUUCUUCACAUUCGUCGGCCACGAGCGUUAGUAUAUCAAGUUGCUCGGAAUCAGAUGGUACCCAAAUAACCAAAAUGAAUAAAAUUAUACACCGUGAGCCUUGCGAUACUAAGGCGACAUCUACAAAUUUUGAGACAAGCACCGAAGAUAAAAGUAUGCAAACGUCAACUUUACAAACGAGUGUUUCUCACGAAAGAGAAUUAUUCAAAGUUGUCGAAGCUUCCUUCCUUGAAAAAUUGAAAGAAGGCGAUUGUGAAAAACCUGUUUUUGUCCUGUACCCUAACUAUACUUUACCAGAUAUUAGCUUUUUGAAUGGAAGACCAAAUAUUUAUUUAAGUCCAUUGAAAAUUAACACGCCAAAGACAGUGGACAGUAAAAGAGGUAGAGCGCAAAUUAAAGGCAAGCGCCCAUUUUCGUGCAAUGAUGUAGAAAUGUUAAAGAAAAAGGGUUUGGGACACAUUAAAGACUGGGAUUCACUGAACUUUUUAUUGCCUUUAGAGUGUAGACAACUAUUAUCUGAAGUGCCAGAAUUAAUGCAACAUAUAAAAGAGAAGGAAAUUGUUCCAAAGUGUACCGACAAAUAUUGUGGUGCUUCACCAUCCUCAAGACUAAAAAAUAGGCCAAUGAGCUGCGAUUGUAAUAACUUAAACACCACAAAUACAACAGCUGUAUCAUCUAGCUCGAGUACUGCUACACAACCUUCAUCGGGUUAUCGAGGAUCAUCUACAAUGCUCACUGAUUCAUCGGCCCAAAAUAGCCCCGCACCUGCGGGCAACUUUAACCCUCUAUUUGUCUAUCGCUACGACAGUGCAACUAGUUCAGAGGCCAGUGGUCUUCAUAAUGAUUCUCAACGUGCUAAUCCAACUAUACCAAAACGAUCUCUAUCUUUAGCUGAACAACACCGUCUGGCAAAACAAGGAGAACCCGUACCUCCGAGACCGCCUUUACCGAAAAGCAUUUUGCGAAAAUCUUUGGAUAAAACAAAAAAAUCCAAUACGCACACAAAACGUUACAGCAUGUUUGAAAUGGACGACCUCAUACAAGACCCCUUAGUUUGCGGCACUGGAGCUGUAGAACAAAAAACGAAGAGACGAUCUCUACAAGAGCCUUACUAUCUGCAAAAUCAAAAUAUAGAUUACAGAAAAAAUAACGACCUGGCUGCAAAGAGAUUGUCACAACAGUUUUUAGAUGCAGCAGAAAAAGAUAUAGACUACAACGAAUACUAUCAAGAUGAAGGCGUCGGUACUGAAAGUAGCCUAGAAUCUGGCAAAUCGAAUGAACUCAAAUACCACCGACCACACACUCCACCAAUGCCCAAGCCAAGAACGAAGAAGAUGGAGUACAUAGAAUUUCCACCUCCCAGUGCGCUUAUCAGUAGUGCAGACUUACAGCAACUCGAGGAAUUCUUGAAACUAAGCGGUUUUAAUUGCCAGAACAUGGAUGAAUGGGAUCAAAAUCAAGUGCAAAAGGGCAAAAACUUAGCGGAAAUGCCAAUCUGUGAAGAAGCGGAAGUAAGCCCUGAUGAGUUUGGUAGUCCCACGCGCCAUGAAGGAAGAGUCAAAUUCGAUAUGAUUGAUGUGUCUCAAAAACGAGCUCUUGUCUCAAAUGUAACUGAUGCUGUUGAAAUGUUAAUACAACACUUCUCCUCUGCCACGGAUCAAACUGAACUCGCUUUCCUUGGCGACUCAAAACAAUCGCCAGCUUGCGCAAAAAUUGCCUUAAACGCAUUGUGUCCCGCACUUUACGCAAUAUUCAGGGACGGUUUAAAAGAAAACAUCGAAACCUCAUUUGGUGCGGUCAAUAACUCAGUUUGGCAAAUGGUCGAAUCGACAGCAAGGCAAGGCCCCAUCACAAAAUCGUUAAACGAACUAGUACUAAGAAUAAACAGCGAAGAUGCAGUAACGGAAGGAUUGGUCAAAUUCAACGCAUUCAUUUUAGGUCUAUUAAAUGCACAGUCCGUAGACGCAUGGGUAACGUAUGUGAGAACUCGGGAAUCUAUAUUGGCGAAACACUAUGAUCCCGAUUCCCUCAUACUUGCCGGUUGCGUUGGCGAACCCCGCUGCAGAGCACUAUUGGAUACUUUGUUGGCCAGUCUUGAGCCACUGCGUCUUCUACCUUUUUCUUUGGACCUCAUGUUCGAAAUGCGUGAACUGCACAGAAGCUUCAAGCGCAUCGAAAACGAUAUGAGGGCAGCGAGCCGGCCCACUACGAUUAACACUCCGCAACUAACCCUGAACCAACGGAACUUGCUGAAAUUGGUACGUUCGAUGCAGUCGAGCGGUAUGAGCGAUGAUUCUCAAGCGAGCGUCAUAAUGCGGAACAAGGAACCCAAAAGUAAAGAGCCGUCUACUCCCGACCUCCUCAAUGACACGGCUAAUCUAAAGACGGCCGUGGAAAAAAAUAGGCCGAGAUCGUGCGUCAAUCCGACACCGCUAGGUUACGAUUUGUGUCCGAACAAUAGCCGGAUCGAGUUGGACACGAAUAGGCGCUGGUCGGGGGUGCAGUUGGGUUCCAAGUUGAUGCAGGCGUUCGACAGAUUAGUAUUUGACGAUAGUGACGAUUACACAGAUAGCUUAGAGAACAACAAGCCCUCCACUAAAACGCCCGCCGUUGAAAAGCUCGAUACCAGCGGCGAGGAGCAAUGGAGACCAAGCUCCGCAAAUAGUUGUGGGAGCAACAACACAGGAAACGGGAGCAAUAAUUCCGGUGGCAAGUUUCGUAGACUUCAGCUGAAAUGGGAGAUGAUCAGCAACGCUGAAAGCCCCGUUACGCCAACCACAGGUGAAACAUCGCCAGCAACGGCGCGUGGCUCCAAGAUACCCCGGCCGGUGUCAUCGCCCGUCCGACCGCAAGCACCUUCCAUACCUUCACCUGCCAAGAACGGCCACCGUGGUAUACCGGUGGCAGUACGCAAGGGUUCUUCCCCAACGACGUCAAGUCCGCGAUCACAAACCACACAACGCGCUGCUGCAAACAGCAAAAAGCCACCGCAAGCCGCAAACAGAAUACCCGUGAAGCCGGAAAGGAAAUCGUUGGACAGCGGAAGAAACAAUCGUAUACCCGAUAGUAAAGUUAAAAUUUCGCCGACGUCCCGAGUGGACCAGGCACAAGGCGCAAGUGGUGUCACGCCACGCCCAUCAUCAUUGCCCUACGGUAGAGCCGCGCCUCCUGCUGCACCACGUCGAGCUGCCUCCUCAUCUGCUGCUAGAGCACAUACACAGCAGAAGCACAAGUACGUUCGAACUCUGUGGCACAGACUACCCUCAGAUUCCGGUCACUUAGCGUUCAACGAAGGCGAACGCUUACGGCUAAUUCUGGAGGUAGACGAUCAGCACCUUCUGUGCUGUCGAGGUGAGCAGAAGGGCCUCGUGCCACGCGACGCUGUGCUUUUAGAGGACUUCUGA